AAAUGGGAGCUACUCAAGAUCCUGCCACUAUGGCUGCAAAUCAAGAAGGAAAGGAGGAGGUGGAUGCUCGAUCAGUUUAUGUUGGCAAUGGUUGUUCUCAUAACUGAAGUUCUUAAUAGCUCUGGGACCUCUAUGUGCUAGUUUCCUUGUUGUAGACUUGUAGUGUUGAAAUAAUUCUUGUCGUGCAAUUUGAUGAUAAUAAAAAAAUGUUGAAAGUAAAAAGAAAAGAGAAGGAAAAAAAAUUGAAAAAAAAAAAAGAAAAAAAAAAAAAGAUGAAGCAGAAAAAAUGUGGAGAAAAAGAUUGCAUGAGUUUGAGAAAAAAAAAAGGGACUUAUUGAGAGGAAAAAAAGGGAGUCUGAGUGAGUUGGGUGGGAUUAGAAAGCAAGGAUUUUUGUAAUCCUUGAGAAGAUGGUCUCUGAAGAGCUGAAUCAAGAUGCCAAGAUGCUGGGUGCUUUCCAACCAAAGACCCAAAGCUCUGCAGAAAGGAUACUUGGAGCUAAUACAGGGUCUAAUGCUAGACAUAGAAGAUUGCUUUUGAGCACACAAGUUUGUCACUGGGCUUCCCUUAGUGAAGUGGUCGAUUAUGCCUGUACGCCUGAAGAAGUGCAACUACAUUUCCAAACAUGCGGAACAGUCAACCGGGUAACCAUUCUAAUGGACAAGUUUGGACAGCCAAAGGGAUUUGCUUAUGUGGAGUUUGUAGAAGUCGAAGCUGUGCAAGAAGCUCUGCAACUGAAUGAAUCAGAGCUACAUGGUCGUCAACUGAAGGUCUCGCCGAAGCGAACCAAUGUUCCUGGAAUGAAACAGUAUCAUCCUGGGCGUUUCAACCCUUCAAUUGGAUACCGCUUUCGCAGACCCUUUGUGCCUCCUUAUUUUUAUUCCCCAUAUGGAUACGGGAAAGCUCCUAGGUUCAGAAGGCCAAUGCGGUACAUGCCUUACCAAUAGAAACCGUACUACUGGAAUAAGAACCAAAGAAGAAUAAUGAGUCUAUGACAGAGAUGAUGCCUAGAGAAUAGAGGUCGUGCCUAUAUUUCCAGCUUUAUUUAUGAAUAUGACUUUGCCUUUUUAUGCACCUGAACUUACUUUUGAAUCGGUCAUGUACGGAUGAGAUUAUAAGCUUUUGUUUCCUUAUGUGGUCGAUAUUACUUUCAGUUUAUAUC